GCUGAUAGUGAAAUCAGCUUCGGCAGACAAUUGGAAACAAUGGAGAAAAAUAAUUAAUUUGUGUUUAACACGCAAACAAAAAAAGACACUGUUCAGACGCUUUCACUGAAUGCUCAAUCCGGGAACCUAGUAGGUAGCCUGGACAAUGGACAUGGCCAGGAGCAUCUUUGGCCGAGAUCACGAGGGUUACGUGGGCCGUGAAGAGCAUACGCGUAAGCUGCAGAACCUAGGCUCGGAAGACGACCUGGGCGAGCUGCCGCCCAUGAUGGAGGAGCUUAGUGUGGCCGAUGGCCUGCGACCGAAUCCCGGUGGCCCCUUCUCCGCCCUUACAGCCUCUAUGUGGCCGCAGGAGAUAUUGGCGAAGCUAGGCGGCGCAGCGGAGCUGGCCUCCGCGGGUCCUAACGACCAGCCGGAGUAUCGCUUCGACGAGUUUGGUUUCCGGGUGGAGGAGGAGGACGGUCCGGAACAGAGCUCCAACAAACUGCUCAGCAUUCCAUUUGUGGAGGACGCGCAGCAGCGCCUGCAGUGGAUCGCUCACCUGGAGUUCUCGCACAACAAGGAGGCGACCGAGCUCAGCUGGGAGCACGUGGAUGUGAUGCUGCCGCGCACUGAAAAGCUGCGCAACAUGGUCCGCCAGGGAAUUCCGCACACGCUGCGGGCCCAGAUGUGGAUGCGAUUAUCAGGAGCCCUGGCCAAAAAGCAAAAGAGCGAGACCAGCUACCAGGACAUAGUGAAGGCCUCCAGCAAUGACCAACUGAUGACAUCAAAGCAGAUCGAGAAGGACCUGCUGCGCAUCCUGCCGACUAACGCCUGUUUUAGUAAUCCUAACGGAACAGGCAUACCACGCCUGCGUCGCAUCCUUAGGGGCAUCGCGUGGCUCUUCCCGGACAUCGGCUACUGCCAAGGCACCGGUGUAAUAGCCGCAUGCCUUCUGCUCUUCAUGGAGGAGGAGAACGCCUUCUGGAUUAUGGCCACCAUUGUAGAGGAUCUGCUGCCCGCCUCCUACUAUAGUUCAACGCUGCUGGGCAUCCAGGCAGACCAGCGUGUGAUGCAGACGCUCAUAGCAAACUACUUGAGCAGCGUGGACGAGUCGCUGCGGAAACAUGACAUUGAACUGUCGCUGAUCACCUUGCACUGGUUCCUCACCCUCUUCGCCAAUGUGGUCCAUAUGAAAAUCCUGGUACGCAUCUGGGACUGGUUCUUCUACGAGGGAUCCAUCGUCCUCUUUCAGCUCACCCUGGGCAUGCUGAAGGUUAAGGAGCAGGAGCUGAAACACCUGGAGAACUCCGCCCAAAUCUUCAACUCGCUAUCGGAUAUUCCGGGCGAGGUCACCGACGUCGAGGUGCUCUUCCGUCAGGCCCUGGAGGUUGGAGGUUCUCUCAGCCAGACAGUAAUCGAUACCCAUCGGCGGCGCCAUUUGGCAUAUCUCAUGGCGGAUCAGGGCCAUCAGAUUGGUAACCCCGAAGCAGCGCCGAAUCUUCCGAAGCAGCAACUAGCCCGGCGGCAGGUCCGCAAGAGCAAGUCGAUCUUAGAGGCCUUCCUGUUUCGAGGCGAUGCCAGCGAUGGAGAUCAGCUGAAGAACAAGAACAUACGGCAAACUGAGAUCCUUGUGGACCUGAGAGAGGCCAUACUAAAGGUGGGCCGCCACUUUAUAACCAUCGAGCCGAAGCUUGCCGGACACAUCCAGCUAACGGCCAACUACAGCAGCGAGUCGCACGCAAAGGACCACGAAAACUUCAUCAAUGUGGCUAGGACGCGAAAGCGUCGAGCUAAAGCCCUACACGACUUCGAACGGCACGACGACGAUGAACUGGGCUUCCGCCGCAACGACAUCAUUACGAUUAUCAGCCAAAAGGACGAGCACUGCUGGGUGGGCGAACUUAACGGACUUCGCGGCUGGUUUCCUGCCAAGUUUGUGGAGUUGCUGGACGAGCGAAGCAAGCUGUACACCUCGGCGGGUGAUGAUGCCAUUUCUGAGACGGUGACGGACCUGGUGCGGGGCACUUUGGCGCCAGCCAUCAAGGCCUUCCUAGAGCACGGCAUGAAACGUCCCACAUUCCUGGGUGGACCCAUUCACCCCUGGCUGUAUAUCGAAGAGGCUGCCACACGUGAGGUGGAGAAGGACUUUGAGUCCGUUUACAGCCGGCUGGUUCUGUGCAAGACGUAUCGCCUGGACGAGGACGGCAAGGUUCUCACCCCCGAGGAGCUGCUCUACCGCUGCGUCCAGGCCAUCAAUCAGACACACGACGAUGCUCAUGCCCAAAUGGAUGUGAAGCUGCGAUCGCUCAUCUGCCUGGGCCUCAACGAGCAGGUGCUGCACCUUUGGUUAGAGGUGCUGUGCGCUUGCCAGGAGGUCGUGCAGAAGUGGUACCACUCGUGGAGCUUUAUUGAUUCUCCCGGCUGGGUGCAGAUCAAGUGUGAGCUGCGCAUCCUAUCGCAGUUCGCCUUUAAUCUGAAUCCCGAUUGGGAGCUGCCGCCGAAGCGCGGAAAGGAGUCACAGCCGCUCAAGGACGGAGUACGGGACAUGCUGGUGAAGCACCACCUCUUCUCAUGGGAUCUGUGAGGUCCACUCUGCCGCUUUGUAUAGAGUUCCACAAUCUCGUUGGCAAUCUGCGUAACUGCGUAUCAAAUAUCUCAUCGCGCCGUAUUCGUUUUCUGAUAAGAUCCAAUCGUGCAAUCGCAUUCUUUUGAAUUUAGUAGCUAGCAUCCAUCCGCUUUUUAAGAACUUCAUUGUUUUCCUGCGCCUCUAACUUAAGUGCUUUAUCAUAAACUAUCUUUAGCUCUAAAUAUGAUCGCCCUUAAUAUGUAUAGCUCGAGCCGUUUGUUUACUUAACGUCCAUCCAUUAUAGUUAUUGUAAAUCCUAGACCACACACCAACAAACUACUAAAUUACAAAUGUAACGUACCUUUAAAUUUGAAAUCAAAUCUUAUAAAGUACAUACAUAUUUAUUACUAUA